AUGGAAGGUCAAGAAUCAGGCUGGCAAGAGGUGAGCGGUCCAUCCGUCUUCUGGAUCCUCCUCACUCUUAGCAUAGCUGCUGCAACUCUGCCGUCCACAAGAACCAAGAUAAUGGGCCCCAGCAUUAGAGUCGGUGCCAGUAUCGAUCCCCUACGCGCGAUGCCAUGGGUUUGUUUCCUCGAUGCCAUAUUUGAUCUCCUCAUUGUGGGCCGAACAAUUCAAUACCAUAUGUCCAAAAGAGAGAAAGAUGAGCAGCGCGAAGAGCAGACUGCCCACGGCGAGCCGAAUCUGAUCAUGGUCAAGCUUGCAAUGACUCUCCUUGCGGUCCUGCCUCAGACAGUCAAGAUUCUGAGCAUGCGUGGCAUCCUGGUCUCUCAAAUCUGCGCCUGUGGGUUUUUCUUCGCCAUCGCCACAAGUCUCAUCAUGGAUCUCUGGGAUCCGGCCGCCGAGAAACCUUAUCCGGGGAAACCAGUGCGUAUCGGCGAGAGUAAAGUCAUGUCCGUAAUAAUAUGCCUCGCAAUACUCAUAUGGGCGGGUGUGGCCACUUCGGAGCUAUGGAUAUGGUACAAUAUCGCGUGCUUGUCGUCGUUCGAACCCUCCGCCAGUGUCAAAAAUCUCAUCUCUUGGGUCGAUCUUGCCUGCGGACUGGGUCUAUUCUUGCAGAUGGUUGUUUCGGCCAUUUAUUUCUGCAUCUCAAAGCAUCGAUUUGCCAUUUCAAAAUAUCCUCGCAUAGUCCCUCUACUUGGAAUAGUUGGGUUCUUCUUCACCCUGAAAGGGAUCACAAAGUUGCCCAUCGAAGAAAAGACAUCUUCUACGCGGCAUAUCACCCCAAUGCCUAUAUGGGCGAAACGAGCAAGUUACUCCACGAGCCUGAUUUACUGUGCGGCACUUGUUAGCGCCAUUACGGCCGUGCUGAUUCAUGCCCUUGGGAUGCUCAUCGCUCGAAAGAGAGGCACGGUUCAGCAACCCAGUGGCCAGGAUGUAGAGUCAGGAACAGACCAACCGGCAUCCGCAGCGGAGUCAAGUGAGUUGGCAAGGCCACCAGAACAAGAUGGUAACGACGGCUCCAUGGUGAGACGGGCAAUAUCCUAUAUAGUGUCAGGAAUCCGAUGCUUGUCAACAUUAGGUCUCCGUAUUGACCAGUGGCUCUGGGAUCUUUUUACCCUGCCAUCACUCUUGAGUUUUUUCGCGUCCUGGACAAUUUUCAAUUUAAUCAGAACUGUGCUGUAUUAUUUGGUGGUCUUUGAUGGAAGCGGAACUUCAAGUCCGAGCUGGAACAGUGUCUUAGGCUAG